GUGCUUAGUCCAAAACACUGUGGUGUACUGGCUUGUGACAGAGGAGAAAUUUUCUUAACGUAAAAAUGACCGAACGUAAAUGGGUGACAGAGGAAGACGAUUACUUAUGCCCCCUAUCUGAAGAAACGCAAUGCAUAGCAAGGGAGGAACUGCGAGAGGAUGACCACAGCAGAAGGACAGCCCUGGAAUCUAUGCGUUUAUGGAUCAAACAAAAUCCAAGAAUCAAAAACUGCAGAAUGGAUGCUCGUUUUCUACUCCGUUUCCUUCGUUUCAAAAAAUAUAUCGUCACAUCAGCCUGUAUAGCGUUGGAGCGCUAUCUCCUCCUGAGGCAGACCUUCGGAGUUGCAUUUUCCUGCCUAGACAUCAGGAUUCCGCAAAUGAUAGAGCUAACAAAUUUGGGAUAUAUGUUCGCUAGUCCUAAGAGGGACAAAAAUGGAAGAAGGGUUAUUAUAGCUAGACCAGGUGUUUUUGACUUGGACAGAUUCACGCAAGGUGACAUGUGCCGCAUCCACGGUAUAGUCUACGAAACUUUGAUGGAAGAUGAGGAGAACCAAGUUAGGGGUUUCGUCCAUUUUGCUGAUGGCAAGGGUGUCGGCUUCCCUUAUUUGACACUUUUCACAAUCAAAGAAGCCGUUCGCAUUGUUAAAAACGGCGAGAAAACACUUCCAAUGAGACACAAAGAGGUGCACUGCAUAAAUGCCCAUCCCUCCAUGAAAUUCGCAAUCGACUUCGGUAUGUCAUUAAUCUCUGAGAAAAUCAGAAAGAGGGUCAAGUUAUACACGAGCAUAGAAGACUGUUUAGAAAGCGGUUAUCUGGAAAGGGAUGUUUUACCUAAGGAAUAUGGUGGCAAAAUACCAAUGGCUGAAAUGAUAGAUUUAUGGAAGGAAGAGCUAAAAAUAUCCCAUCCAAUAUUGAUGUCUCAUGACACGAUGGAGGUUGAUGAGAAUCUUUUCUCUGAACGGGAAAAAGAAGGAGCAGUUUCUGCCUUGAGAAGAGGUGGUGUGUCUUGCGGUUCCGAAGGGGAUUCUUUAUGUGGAAUAACUGGUAACUUCCGCAAGCUCGAAGUAGACUGAAAUCAACUUCUAUAAGAAUAUGAUUAUAAAAUAAGGUUAAUCUCGACUUUUUGUAAGCUUUAAUUUCAAAUUAUUCCUCAGAAAAUCAAUGGAAUCAUUUGGGUUUUAUAUAUAAUAACUAA